AUGGAUGCGGGUGAUAGCCAGAAGAACAUCGAGCGCCUGGCGCGUGUUCGCGAGAACCAGCGGAAGAGUCGAGCGCGAAAGCAGGAGUAUGUCCGGGAACUAGAGCAGCGACUGGCGACUUUCAAGAAUGAUGCCCAGCAGAAGGAUAUCCAGCACCGGCUGGCCAGCCAGAAACUCGAAGCGGAGAACCGCCACCUGAGAACGUUACUAGGGUCUCUUGGAAUCUCGGCGGAGCUGGUUCAACAAUACCUGCAGCUAGCCGAUCAAGGCACCGCAGUGAAUCGGAAAGUCGCGAUUCCUGCGAUGCAGCGACCGGCAGAGCUGCCUGUAUUGUCGUCACCGUCUUCCGAGACUAAUCCACGUUCAAGCUCAGCGCGGGCAAGCGCCUCGAGCGUAUGUAGCACAGCAACUGAUGGCUCAACCCCGAGGGAGAGCGGCGGUACACCAACCUCCUACACGCCAAUAAUUUACGCUCCCACUGCUUGUGCUCCGAUUGCUCCUGCGUCGACCACUUGCGCGCCCACAGGUUGCGUACCUACAGCCUGCGCGCCCACAACUUGCGCGCCGAGUAGCUGUGCACCAAACAGCUGCACGCCCAUGAAAGUCGAACCUGGAGCCAUGAAAGUUGAAGCAGAAGAGCCACAGCUUCCGCAGCAGCCUCUGCAACCGUCUUUCGAACAGCUCCCACAACUGCCGUCGCAAGAUCCGCAGCAACAACCAUCGACGCAGUCGAAACGCACAAAUCCUUCUCUUUGUGAUUGCUCACCAGGCGACGCGAUGCCCGAAGGUGAUGGCGAUUUACUCAACACGACUCUUUGUGGUAUGGCAGAAGAAUUGAUCAAUCAAUACAAUAUAAUCGGCAUCGAUAUCGAGGAAAUCCGACGGAGACUCUGGGCUGGAUUUAAAGCCGGGACUAGAGGAGAUGGCUGCCGAGUCGAGAACCAAGUUUUGUUCCAAGUUUUGGACGAGAUCAGCAACAGCAUCUGA